CCCGUCUUCCUCUUCUCGGCCAAGCUAGCUAUAGCCCACCACCACCACCACAGGCGCCCCGGCAUCACUGCAACCCUGCUGCCCAGGCCCCUCAAAAACAAAUCCAGGACAAGCAAGGGAGCUGCUAGGCGCUAGCUGCUUACUUAACCUUGGUCGAGAGCAACGAAUCGAGCCAGAUUUCAUGCCUUCCUAGCUCGCCCUAGCAGACACACAUCGUGCGGAGUGGUGCUGAAUUUGUCAGCUUUCACGUUGCUGGUUGGGAGGGUGAGAGGUUCAGGGGGAAGAGAUCACAGGUCUCGGAGAUGGGUCGCGGCAAGGUAGUGCUGCAGCGGAUCGAGAACAAGAUCAGCCGCCAGGUGACGUUCGCCAAGCGCCGCAACGGCCUGCUCAAGAAGGCUUACGAGCUCUCCCUCCUCUGCGACGCCGAGGUCGCGCUCGUCCUCUUCUCCCACGCCGGCCGCCUCUACCAGUUCUCCUCCUCCUCCAACAUGCUUAAGACCCUCGAGAGGUACCAGAGGUACAUUUUUGCUUCCCAAGAUGCUGUCGCGCCGACCAGCGAUGAGAUGCAGAACAACUAUCUGGAGUAUAUGGAGCUGAAGGCAAGAGUUGAGGUUUUGCAACACUCACAAAGGAAUCUCCUAGGUGAGGAUUUGGCUCCACUGAGCACAACCGAGCUUGACCAGCUUGAGAGUCAAGUAGGGAAGACCUUGAGGCAAAUAAGGUCAAGAAAGACUCAAGUACUGCUAGAUGAAAUGUGCGACCUGAAGAGAAAGGAGCAAAUGUUACAGGAUGCAAACAUGACCCUGAAAAGAAAGCUGGGCGAGAUCCAGGUGGAGGCGACGCCUGAUCCACAGCAGCAGCAGCAGCAGAUGUGGCAGGGUGACCGGGGCGUGCCGCCCCACACGCCUCCGCAGCCAGAGCACUUCUUCCAGGCCCUAGAAUGCUAUCCUUCUCUGCAGCCAGUAUUUCGUGGCACGGAUGUGAACCAGCCGCCGCCUGCAUGGAUGGCAUAGCUACGCACCCGCAUUGGUCUGUCUACCGUUCCAGUCGAUCAACAAGAUGCACCGCUUGGCAUGAGCGAUUAUCUAUCUCAAAAACAAUCAACAAGAAAUGCGUUGCCUGCCAAUGUGUCCUGCAUCUCCAAUAGGCUCCUAUAUAUAUCAACUCGGCUGCUUUUGUGUUUCCUUUUCAAGUGCUUGCCGGACUUCUUUACGUAAUAUGUACAGGGCUUGUCUUAUUGUUAUUAGCAAGUGUUAUAUUGCUCAUUUUGCUUAGAGAAGGCGAGAACGGUUUUCCUUUUGGGAUUUGAUUUACAGUAGCGUAAUAAACCUUCCUUUCCCGAUA